AUGGGCGAGGCAGACGACAUCACUUUGCCGAAGGCUACGGUGCAGAAGAUCAUCUCGGAGGUGCUUGACUCGGAGCUGACAUUCAGCAAGGAAGCGCGGGAAAUCAUCAUUGAUGCGGGGAUUGAGUUCAUCAUGAUUUUGUCGGGGAUGGCGUCGGAGAUGGCAGAAAGCGAAGCGAAGAAGACCAUAGCGCCAGAUCACGUGAUCAAGGCGUUGCAGGAACUCGAGUUUGAAGAGUUUGUGCCGUACCUCGAGCAGACGCUCGCACAGCAUAAGGAGAACCAGAAGAUCCGCGAGCGGCGGGACGCCAAGUUCAAGAAGUCGGGGCUGUCGGAAGAGGAGUUGCUUCGACAGCAGGAGGAGUUGUUCCGGCAGAGCCGGUCGCGCUUCCAUCAGAACAGCGUUUCGGGAGGCGGGACAGAGGGGCCGGUAAAGCCGGAGGACGUGUAA